CAGUCACUCGAAAUAAUCGACAGUGCUCUCCUUCCUAACGUAACAGUACAACAAGUUUGUGAUACCUACAGGCGAUAUAACCACUAGAUCGAGUCUGCACAACUGAUGGUUCUCUGUUAGUACCAAGGUCAAGCAUGCAUCAAUAACUUCUGUGUUAUCUGUGGCAGAAUAAUAGUUCGAAACGAGAACAAUUGGCAAAUGUAACCGACACCUCUAACAACUCUUGUGCUGUGUCCUCUGUGAAGUUCUAAGUUCUAACGUCAUUACCGUUUACAAGGGGACAAGAUGAAGUUGGUCCAGUUCAUGUUGAAAGACCACAAAUACAGGAUCGGGGUCCUGAAGGAUAACCAGAUCAUCGAUCUCAAAUCCAAAUUCAAUUUUGUGCCGUCUCUCCUUGUUGAAUUCUUUGCCUCAUCUUCUGCCCUAGGUGUUGUCAGAGAAAUUGUGGAACAUCCGAAGGUGGUGUACUCUUUGGAUGAAGUUGUACUUCUCCCACCUAUUAUGAGACCUGACAAGGUGAUUUGCAUUGGUCUCAAUUACAGAAAUUUCUGCGAUGAGCUUCACAUAACAUGUCCGAAUGAGCCUGUAGCAUUUUCGAAAUUCCCAUCUUGUAUUACUGGUCCCUACAGUGACAUCAGGCUUCCAAAAAUAAGUAACCAAGUAGACUGGGAGGUAGAACUGGCAGUAGUUAUAGGAAAAGAAGCAAAAGAUGUUCCAGCGAACGAAGCUUUCAACUACAUUCUAGGUUACACAAUUGCCCAAGACAUUAGUGCUAGAGAUUGGCAAGUGAGAAAUGGUGGACAGUAUCUCCUAUCAAAAUCUAUGGAUACUUUCUGCCCUCUAGGGCCUUAUAUUGUAACUAGAGAUGAGAUCCCCGAUCCUCACAACUUGACCCUAAGGUGUUGGGUGAACGGUGUCUUGAAACAAGAAGGAAACACCAGGGAUUUGGUGCACAAAAUUGAUAAACUCAUCGAGCAUUUAUCUAGCGUCACUACUCUAUAUCCUGGAGAUCUUAUACUAACUGGUACACCAUGUGGUGUUGGCUACUACAAAAACCCACCAGAGUUUCUCAAGCCAGGUGACAUCGUUGAGAGUGAAAUUGAAGGUAUAGGAAAGAUGUUAAACCACGUGGUUUGAAAAAGAAGUUAUAUUAUAGGAAUAAGUCGUUUGACAUUCAUCAGUUUUAAAUUAUUUUAUCUUUUCGAAUAAAUGUUCGAUUUUUAA